AACCAGAAUUGAUAGGAUCCUAAAUCCUAAUCCUGCACUCAUAGAAUAGAAUCUCAAAUGCUGUUCCAACAGUAACCUUUGUCUGUGUCUGUGUCCUUGUCUGUGUCUUUGUCUUUGUCUUUGUCCCGUGUCACUGUCAUUCUCAACCCUUCUUCUCUGAAUUUUCAUUUCAUUUCGACUCUUGCUUGCAACCUGGGUUUUCCUUCGAUUCGCGAAAAGUACCAUUCGAUAGCUUGCCCCACUUCACACGUUCUGAAUGUGAACCAACCCUCUUUGUCUUUCAUCAAUGUCUCUCCUUUUUGCUUCUUAGUGGGGUUGCUUUCUCUUCUAGGGUUCUGGUUUUCUCACCCUUUUCUGUAAUCAAUCAUUCUCUUUUUUUGUUCACAUUCAGAGAGAAAUAAAACUGACCCAUUUGUUUUUGUCAUGCUCUGAUCAUACUUCCCAGCUCAAAAUCCUUACUUUCAUCUUCUCCACUGACUUUGCCUCUAGGGUUUAUCCAUGUCUUUAAAUCCCCCUUUCCAAAAUGGAUACAUGAUCAAGCUUGGAGCUAGAAUGCAGUGUUUCAGAAGCUUCUAAGAGAUAGUUUCCACCCAAAAUUGCAUUAUUGAGGUUUAAUUCAGUUCAAUUUCUGCUUUGCUUUUAGACCUUGUUGUCAGCUCAAACAUGGGUUGUGUCCAUGGCAAGUGCUGUAGCCGCUACCCUUCAACUUCAGUUGGUGGCUCCCGGGACCACCGAGAACUUGGCCCUUAUUGUGCACAAAGGAAGCACAAUCUCACUCAAAGGUCACUGCAAUCUGUUCCUGUCCCUUCCCACAAUUUCAAUUUGGAAUACUCUGUGCUCACUCAAAGGGGUUACUACCCUGACUCACCUGAUAAAGAAAACCAGGAUUGUUUCUGUAUUAAGACACAGUUUCAAGGUAACCCGAGUGUCCAUUUCUUUGGUGUCUAUGAUGGUCAUGGUGAAUUUGGUAGUCUGUGUUCAAAUUUUGUAAAGGAUAGGUUGGUGGAAAAUUUGUCCAAUGAUCCUGCAUUGUUGGAGGACCCUGUUAAGGCGUAUACAUUAUCCUUCUUGGCAACAAAUGAUGACUUGCAUAAGAAUGAGAUUGAUGAUUCUUUGAGUGGUACCACGGCGAUUACGGUGCUUGUAAUUGGGGACACACUUUAUGUUGCUAAUGUUGGUGAUUCCAGAGCUGUGCUGGCAGUUAAGGAUGGGAAUCAAAUUGUCGCCGAGGACUUGUCCUCUGAUCAGACACCAUUUCGAAGAGAUGAAUAUGAGAGGGUGAAGCUUUGUGGGGCAAGGGUGUUGAGUGUUGAUCAGGUGGAAGGGAAUAAGGAUCCGGGUAUUCAGAAUUGGGGCGAUGAAGAGAGUCAGGGUGAUGAUCCUCCGAGAUUGUGGGUUCAGAAUGAGAUGGUUCCGGGAGCAGCUUUUACAAGGAGUGUAGGUGAUAGUUUGGCUGAGACUAUUGGUGUCAUUGCUGUUCCUGAGGUGUCAACGGUUCAGCUAACACCUAAUCAUCUUUUCUUUGUUGUUGCAAGUGAUGGCGUAUUUGAGUUCCUUUCAAGCCAAAUUGUUGUUGAUAUGGCUGCAAGUUAUUCAGAUCCCCGUGAUGCAUGUGCGGCCAUUGCUGGAGAGUCAUAUAAACUUUGGCUGGAACAUGAGGGCCGAACAGAUGAUAUAACAAUUAUCAUUGUUCAGAUUAAAGGCCUGUCUCAUUCGGGUAAAUCUGGAUUCGGAUCAGGUGAGAUAAAUGUCAGCACUGUAACAAGGGCCAAGAAAGGAAAGGGAACUUCUGAGAUAUCUACUACCACCGGGUUAGACGUUUAUCAUUCUGUGAGGGCUGGUUUCUCUGAUUCACAGUCAUGUCAGCAUACGAUCUCAACGAGAAGUCCAGCCUUAGUAGUUCCCUCUCCAGCAUGUCAAAAACCGAUUGACUUGUGACAGGAGAGAGGCUUCAUGGGAGCUAUACCAGAAUGUAGAAAGCAUAAAUGAUCUAUGAUCAUUUUUCAUCUGUUCUCAAUCUUUAGAUAUUUCAAGUUAGAUGUUGUUUAACCAUACAAAGCACUUGAGGGGUACACUAAACUUGUCAUCAACUCUUCAGGGGAUUUAUAAAGAAAUAAAGGAGAGUUGUGGAGGGAGAUUGGGUGGUGACUAACUUCCAUUUGCAUGUGGUCAAUGGUCAACUCUGAAGACAAGCCAUAUGCUACUUAGAAAUUAGAAUGUAAUUUCCAUGAGCCUUAUUCUCAUGCUGAUGCUGGAUCCAUUGUAUCUUUCAGAGACAUGUCUGGAUUUGUUUUAUUGCAUUUCAAGAAUAGUUUCAUCUCAUAAAUAGUUGCCAAGCAUCUUUUAUAUUUAGCAAGUAAGGCAAAAACAUUCAAAUGAUAACGUGACAUGACUUGUGUUGGUAAUUUUCAUUCCUUUUUUAUAAA